AGAACAAUCACGACAUUCCAUCAAAUCAAAAUUACUGUUGAAAAUUCCUGUGUCAUUUCAAAUGAAUUGGAAGAAGUAAAGUGUUCAACUAAAUUCGAAAUGGAACCCAAAUAUUUCACCCUAAUCUCAUUUAUUUGUCUAUUUUUGAUGAGUCUGUAUUGUUUUAUGGAUCAUGUGGUAACGGCCCAGAGUGAAAUAGGAACAUUAUCUUUUAUAAUUAUUGGAUUUUGUGCCUUCUUGGGCGCAUGGAGAACGUAUGAUGCGGCAACGAUGCCAGAAGUAAUGGGAGAAGUUCAAAAAUACGUGGAAAUAUUCGCAGACGCCUUCGUCCUGUCAUUUGCGGCAGCAGAAAUGUGGGAAAAAGAAAGGGUCAGGAUGGAAGUGGUGGUCCUCCAGAUGCUGCUCCCCUUCACGCCUAUAGCACUCUACAUCUCCAACAAGGAUUACAAAAAAACCCUGGAAUACGUCAUAUUAGGAUCCCUCAUUUCCUUGAUAGCCGCAUCGAUAUUGUGCGGUUGCGUGCUCGGCAUUGCGGCUGCUGGAAUUUACGCGGCCGGUGCGUUUUACGUGAAGGAUAAGGUCGUCAUAGAGGCGGUGCCACAGUCGGACCUGAAAAAUUAUGUGGAUUGUUUGUUCUGUUUGUUCCUGGCCUAUGCUUUGGAUGCAGCUUGAUUUUUUUCAUGGAGUAGAUCAUCGAUAUUUGUUAAUUCUUGAUUCAGGCGAAUAAAAGUGGGGGAAACGUUUUAAA